CAUUUCAUUAUCAUAUACGUUUUCUUAACUGUGCCUCCAGAGGAGCGGCAACUAAGGUGUGCGAAAAUGGUAAAACUACUUUUGGUAGUUUAUUUAAUUGUAAUUUGGAGUACAGAGGUAAGUGGGGAUAUUUGUCCAGAUGAUGUCGAUAUUACACCCAUUGAUGAGACCAAGCCAUCAGUAUUUCAACAGCUAUCCGCCUUGGAAAUAAACAGAGUAAGGGACUAUCUUAAAACCGUUCCUGAUCUUAAUUACAAAGCAGGCCCCGAUGGAAACGUUUCCGAUACAUUUGCGUAUAUAAUUGAGAAGAAGCCAGUUCCAAAAGAUGAUGUUUUAGCUUAUGUUGAUGGCAGUGGACAGGUGCCAAAACGAGAGGCAAGAGUAGCGUUAGCUGCACCAACGGGAAUGUUGGAGUAUACUGUAGGACCAUUGCCUAAUCCUACAUAUCAUUUCAAGACAAAAUUCCCAAAAUGGAGUCGAACUGAAUUGAGAUUCACUGAUCGCCCAUCUGCCAUAGACUCGAUCGCACUUACUAUAACCAUCCAAAGAGAAGCACGCAAAAUGACAAAAAUACUACAUGAAAGUUUUAAUGGUUUUGAUUUUGAAGAUACCUGCAAUGAUAAAUGCCUAACAUAUUUUGAUAUGAAGCUAAAUGUAUACCAGAACAGAAGGCUAUUAUGGGUUAAUAUUUUACGCAAAGUUCCACUCUCAGUAGGCUCUCCACUGAUUCAUCCGUUAGCACUUCAGUUGCUCGUUGAUAUGACCAGUUCCGACCCUGACAAGUGGAACGUCGGCCAAGUUUGGUACAAUGAACAACGUUUCGAUUCGGUAGAUGACUUAGUGGAGAAAUACAAUAAUGAUGAAGUAAAAAAAAUUAGGAUGUCAUAUGAUGAAACCGAUGUAUAUUCAUCGAUGAGACGACGAGGUAAUGACAAUAUGAAAAGUACAAAGAGGGGCCCCGACUGCUUCCCCCAAGAUGGUAGAAGAUACUCCGUCGAUGGACAUCGUGUAAAAUAUAUGAAUUGGGAAUUUGAAUUUACUUACAGACAGACCACCGGGCCACAGUUAUUCGACAUAAGGUUUAACAAUACGAGGAUUGUGUAUGAAUUAAGUAUGCAAGAAGUAGCAUUAUCUUACACAGGAAAGAGUCCGUUCUCUCGCCACGGAAAUGUUUUCUAUGACAACGUAGUUCUCAUUGGCAACUUCUUUUCACCUCUAAUGCCUGGUGUGGACUGCCCGAAAGGAGCUUCAUUUUUCAGCACUUCUCACUACUCGUAUAAACUUGCACGAGAAGUUGAAAUACCCAACGCGUUUUGCCUUUUUGAGUACACCGAGGGUCCACCACUUAGGCGUCAUUAUGACAGCGAUCAUCAUGGCGGGUAUUAUUUCUAUGCCGGUAUGCCAAACAAUGCGCUUGUUCUGAGAAGCAUACAGUCUAACUACAAUUACGAUUAUGUAUUUGACUUCAUCUUUUACCAGAAUGGUGUUAUAGGUACUAAGAUUGGGGCCUCUGGAUACGUAAUGCCUGAAUUUGCGAACAGAAAAGUACCCAAGGAAAACCCAUUUGGAUUUAAAAUUCACGAAAAUGUUAGAGGUAUGCUUCAUCAGCAUCUAUUUAGUUUCAAAGUUGACUUAGAUAUUCAAGGAAGGAAAAACAGACACGAAACACUCGCAGUAGUCGCUAGGCCCACAGUUCAUAAAGUAGUUGAUGGUAUAGAGGAGGACGCACAUGAACAAUAUCUUAAGAGGCAUCUCAAACAUGUAGAAAAAGAUGCUGCGUAUAGAUUCAAAUACAAAAAGCCGAAAUUCUAUCUCUUCUACAACAAUCGUGAAAAGAGUAAAUGGGGAGCCAAGCGAGCAUACUACAUAGAUAACCAAGGCGUAAGCAAAUAUCUAUAUCCCGACGAUUCUACGAAAACUGAUUCGGUAGCAUGGGCGAAGUAUCAGCUUGCAGUCACGCGAUAUCACGAUGAUGAAGACAGAAGCACAUCAGCCUAUAACACGUUCCACCAGGCGGACCCUGUUUUGAAUUUCGAUUCAUAUAUUAAUGACAAUGAAAAUAUAACAGACGAGGAUCUGGUGGCCUGGGUAUCUCUUGGUUUUCAACACGUUCCCAACCAUUCAUCAGAUGUUCCUGUUACAACAACACCCGGGAAUAUCUUCAGUUUCUACUUGAAACCUUUCAACUAUUUUGACGAAGACCCGUCUAUAUCAUCGAACGAUAAUGUUUAUGUCACUCCUGGAAAAGAUGGUGGGAUUGUUGUUGAAGAGAACGCAAACAAUGCAAAGGAAAGUUGCUCGCAUCCAAAUAAAGAUCCACGCUUUGUUGGAGAUUAUGUUAAGCCAGAGUUUUAAUGACAGACUCAAUAAAUCAUGACAUUGACUUUAAUUAAGGAAAAUAAUUCUAAGGAUAAAAUAUAAAUCAGAUUUCUUAUUCAAAAUUGUACUCGGUCAGUACACUAUAGUAGUUCCUGAUACUCCUACUUGCUUAUACCAGUCUCGUUCCGUUUGUACUCCGUGUAAGAGACUGUUAUUUUUGAAUCUUUAUUUAAUUGGAAUUGAGAAUACUAUUUUCAAAGUUGGAAAUUUCCAAUAGGCCUAACUCCAAUUUUUGGAUUCUGAAAAAAAUUCUUUUAUCAGAGAAUAAAUGUAAAGAUAGCGAACUAACAUCGAUUAAGGCGAAGUUAAAUUAAAUAAAAAGUACAAAAAUGACUGCCAUAUUUUUUUUUGAUAAAGACACAUGUUUUUAAAAUCUGUUUACGUAUAUGAAUUGUAUAUAUUGACUAAAGAAACAUGUCAAAGUUAACACCACGCAUUUUUCAAAACUAUGAAUUGGAGGUGCGUGGAUCCCCAAAGCUAGCAUGAAGAGUGUGAAGUGAGGCUAAUUUUUGAAAGUUUCAAGGAGUAGCCUUGCAACAGUCACACA